UGCGACACGCCCACGUUUUCAGUAAACAAAGGCUUUGGUACAUGGUGGUGCAUGAAAGUAGGCGUUCUAGCUGCUCAAGAUGUUGCUGAGAAUUCAUCCAAGCCUUGUGCUGCUCGUGCUGUGGACCUACUGUGCUCUCUUCAUUACACUGGGCUCCACAGAGAUCAGAUACUCACGAUAUGCAGACAUUGGCUCUGGAGGAGAUAAUGAUUCCUGCACUGCAUGCAUCGUAGGGACCUUUGCAGACAAUGCUACUGGGGACUGUAACUGCAGCUGUACUUGCACUCCGACCUUAAGCACAGUAAAGCCAUGCAACUGCAGCGGCUACUGUACGGACAACAGCUCAUGCAAGGAGUGCGACUUUGGUCACCAUAGCAACAAGACGGGGAGCAUACUGUGCCUUGAAUGUGAUAUGGGCUACUAUGCAAAUGCCACAGGAAGCAUCAACUGCACUGCUUGCCCCAAGGGAACUUACGUUAACUAUACUAAAGCUGAGGUCUGCUCUAACUGCCCCCUAGGUACACACGCUGAGCAAACAGGGCAGGCAAAGUGUUUAGAAUGUAGAAAAGGAACUUAUUGCAAUGAGACGGACAAGACUGGUAGUGGGUGUGUGCUGUGCUCCAGUUGUCCUGCUGGUUUUGUAGCUCCCUAUGACGGUACAGUCAACUGCUCAGCCUGUGCCAGAGGGAAGUACAUGCCGCAUGACGGUGGUGUCAAGUGUCUCCAGUGUGACAUUACCCAGGGACAAGUGUGCACGAGCAAUGAUUUCUGCAUCAACUGCGGCCACUGUCUCCCAGGGCAGGGACCAUCCUCAGCUUAUUCCUGUGUUUCUUGUAAGGCUGGACAAUACAGUAACGAGAAGACUACACACAUGUGCAGAGAAUGCCCCUCUGGCUACUACCAAGUCUACCAGGGCAUGUCUCACUGCAUACAAUGUCCUGAGGGAUCCUACUGUCCCUACCCAUCCAGUGAACCUAUGCUCUGUCCUCACGGUUCACAUUGCCCUAAUGGAAGCAUGCAGCCAGUGUAUUGUACCAACAAUCUACUGGAGUAUGAUAGCAAGACUCAGGCUUGUGCACCUACUCCAGCUCUCAUUGGAAUCAUCAUCUGCAUAUUUGUAGUGUUUGUUCUGCUCGUAGUGCUGACUGUUCUAGUUGUCUACUGGUCGUACUGUCGUAAGAAGGAGGUCCCUGUAGAGAAGUUGCCCCUCUACCAGCACACACCCGUCAAAAACCCACAAUACGGUGGACUUUGAACUUUGCAUAUAACAUUUUAACCCCUUGAGUGAACCCAUACCCAAUCAGACACUGACAGGUCACGUGUGUGUGAAAUGUGUGAAAUGUAUUUAUUUAUAUUUUUGUUUGCACACUAUAAUCUGAACUACCCACCCAUGCAUUGCUUGUUUUUGUAUCGUUUUUGUAUCGUUUGAAAUAAAUUGCCAGUUCAGCAUUAAUAAA